AUCCCUACGGGAAACUACUUUUUCUGCACAUGGAAAUCUCCGUUAUUUUCUAACACCCAAGACUGGGGUGAUGAGAGUAGUUUUGUUAACGUCAUUUCUGUCCCAGAGGAUGUAAACUUUGUAUGGCCCUCCUCACAUGCUUUCCCCCGGCCGUCACUACUUGAGUCUUGCCUGUCUUCCCGGCGCGGCCGCUGCCCCCAGCCCACGCAGGAUAAUGGCGACAGCUGAGGUAUUGAAUAUUGGUAAAAAACUCUAUGAGGGUAAAACAAAAGAGGUUUAUGAAUUGCCAGAUAGUCCAGGAAAAGUCCUCCUGCAGUCCAAGGACCAGAUAACAGCAGGAAAUGCAGCCAGAAAGAAUCACCUGGAAGGAAAAGCUGCAAUCUCAAAUAAAAUUACCAGUUGUAUUUUUCAGUUGUUAAAGGAAGCAGGUAUCAAAACUGCUUUCGCCAGAAAAUGUGGGGAGACAGCUUUUAUUGCACCUAAGUGUGAAAUGAUUCCAAUUGAAUGGGUUUGUAGAAGAAUAGCAACUGGUUCUUUUCUCAAAAGGAAUCCUGGUGUCAAGGAGGGAUAUAAGUUUUACCCACCUAAAGUGGAGCUGUUUUUCAAGGACGAUGCCAAUAACGAUCCACAGUGGUCUGAGGAACAGCUAAUUGCUGCAAAAUUUUGCUUUGCUGGACUUGUUAUAGGCCAGACUGAAGUGGAUAUCAUGAGUCAUGCUACACAGGCUAUUUUUGAAAUACUGGAGAAAUCCUGGAUGCCCCAGAACUGUACGCUGGUUGAUAUGAAGAUUGAAUUUGGUGUUGAUGUAACCACCAAAGAAAUUGUUCUUGCUGAUGUUAUUGAUAAUGAUUCCUGGAGACUCUGGCCAUCAGGAGAUCGAAGCCAACAGAAAGAUAAACAGUCCUAUCGUGACCUCAAGGAAGUAACUCCCGAAGGGCUCCAGAUGGUGAAGAAAAAUUUUGAGUGGGUUGCAGAAAGAGUGGAGUUGCUUCUGAAAUCAGAAAGUCAGUGCAGAGUUGUAGUAUUGAUGGGCUCAACUUCUGAUCUCAGUCACUGUGAAAAAAUCAAGAAGGCUUGUGGAAAUUUUGGCAUUCCAUGUGAACUUCGGGUAACAUCUGCCCAUAAAGGACCAGAUGAAACUCUGAGGAUUAAAGCAGAGUAUGAAGGGGAUGGCAUUCCUACUGUUUUUGUGGCAGUGGCAGGCAGAAGCAAUGGUUUAGGACCAGUGAUGUCUGGUAACACUGCAUACCCAGUUAUCAGCUGCCCUCCACUCACUCCAGACUGGGGAGCUCAGGAUGUGUGGUCUUCUCUUCGACUACCCAGUGGUCUUGGCUGUUCAACCAUACUUUCUCCAGAAGGAUCAGCUCAGUUUGCUGCUCAGAUAUUUGGAUUAAACAACCAUUUGGUAUGGGCUAAACUGCGAGCAAGUGUAUUGAACACAUGGAUUUCCUUGAAGCAGGCUGACAAGAAAAUCCGAGAGGGCAAUUUAUAAAACAUCAUUGCUUUUUUUUUUUUUUUUUGAGAAAAGCUACAUUUCUUGUUUAGUUUCAGAAAAAAAUCAAGAUGAAAAGUUUUUAAAUCAAUCAAAGAAAACAAUAAAAUUUACUAGUGAAUAAAUGCUUCUCUAGAUUCAUGGAUCAGGAGACUCUGGAGAUACUAACAUUUCUUUAGAGGAAGUGAAAUUAGUAUAAGGACACUUUUAAAAUCUCUUAGCUACUAUAUGGUCCCAAUUAGGUAGAGAACAAUCAAAUAUAUUUCUUAAAUACUAAUAAUGUCUUGUUAUAGAGCUCUAAAGUUACUACUUGACUUUCUGUAUCUCAACCCAUAAGUUUUAAAAAGUUAAAAUGCUUGUAUCUUAGAGUGCCAAGAGCAAUAUAGUCUUCUUUUACAUUAUGAUCUUUACAAAAUCCUAAGGGUGUGGUGUUUUAUUUGCAGUCAGUAUCUCAAAAUAGAUGUGUAUUUAUCCCCAGCUGUAGACCAAGGUGCUGUUUUGUUUUGCUUUUAUUUGUUUGUUUAUAGUUGAGAUUGGUGUUGGGGGUAGGGAAGACAAAUGAAAUAAGAUGAAGGGAUACUGUGGAAGCCAUAAAAAGGGGACUUUUCUGAGAACUUCUCUGAUGGAUGUCAGGGCAAUUUCCCAUGGAAAAAAAAAAAAAA